UUUAAAUCUAAUAACAGUAUUUGCUCAUCACUCUGUGAAACUUUUGGUCGGCCACUCAGAGCGGCCCGGCGGAACAACGCAGCUCAACCAACAUUGUUGACAACUGUAGCUUGUCUUGUCCAGUUUACAGAGCGAUGAAGCUGUCAGCAUUAGCUUUAGAGGGCUUUGUUGAGUUUUUGACGGGUUGUCGUCAGUGGUAGCUAACUAAUGAGCCGGGUUAGUUAGCUGGUAAGUGAUCAGAUUUGUCUGUAGAUUAACGUUAGCUGCUAGCUGAGUUUAGCUAACAGCAGCAGUAUGGGCGAUGGCAGCGUUACUCCCAGGCUCGGCAACAUGAAGGCGCUACUUGGUAUAGUCGCCGGAGCUGGAGCUUCCUACGGGAUAUACAAACUUCUCAGCGCGGGAAGCUUCAAGAAAAACAAGAAAAGUGCCACCAGUGAAGGUGCUAGUGUCAGGAGCAGUCAGCCCGGUCAGGUUACUAUGAAGCCGGGCAGUCUGCUGGCUAAAGUGUCCGGGCUGGAUGUGGUCUGUACCCGACCUGUGGACACAGAUAAAGGAGAUGUUGCAUCAGGUGACAUCAUCCACCAGUCGCCUGGCAACCUGGAGCCACAGCACCUGAAAAUGCUGCUGUCAUGUCUACAGACCAGCAAUAAUCCAUCAGACCGGUGUCGGAUUUUACUGACUUUAGGAAACGCUGCUGCCUUCACUGUGAAUCAGAAUCUUAUACGGGAAUUUGAGGGGAUUCAUAUCAUAGCUGGCUUCCUCUCUGACCCUGCUGCAGAAGUUAGAGUGCAGACUCUGAAUGCUUUAAAUAAUCUGUGCAUGAACAUCUCAAACCAGGAACAACUGAAGGUUUAUGUGCCACAAGUGCUGGAGCUGAUUGAGAUGUCGCCUGUGAAUUCGGACCUUCAGCUUGGUGCGCUAAGGCUGCUGACUAACCUUUCAGUUACAGACAAACAUCAACACUUGCUGAAGGAAUCAAUUACACUGUUACUCUCUCUGCUUGUUGUGAGCAAUGAAGCUUUACAGGUUCAGGCUUUGAAAGUACUUGUAAAUUUGUCAUCUAACCCAGAUAUAAUGGAUGACAUUGUUCAAGCUCAGGCACCCGCUUCUGUUGUGCUGCUAUUUGACGCACGAACAGCCCCUGUAGUGCUUCUACGACUGCUGACGUUUGCAGGGAACUUAAAGGCCUGGAGACCCUCUGCCCAGGUGGCUGACGAACUGAGGCGGAAGCAGGAUUGCCUCUUCCGGGUCAUGUUAGAUGAGUCCUCCCAGCUCCACAGCAAACUGGUCCAGCUGCUUUCACACACCGACAGGGAGAUUCAGGCUCAGGUGGCCCGCAUCUUGACAUAGAUCUCCCUCUCUGCACCUUGUAUUCAUACACAGCUUUCGCUUCCACAUAUUUUGCCAAAGCCAGCAACCUAACACCCUUCCAGUUCAAUUAUAAAUCUGUUAACAUUAAGUUGCUAAAGAGCAAGCUGUGUAGCCUCAUAUGGACACUUGGCUUACACCCAUUAGAUCAAUGUUAUUACCACACACAGCUUUGAUCAUCUGUUCCACCUCACCAGCUACUCUGCCCUGUUUUCCAGUUUCUUAUUUAAUUAACAAGUAAUGAGUGGAAGGAUGGGAGCAGGAAGAAACUACUCAGUAGUGUAAAAACAGGCCACCUCUCCCUGUUUCCUCCUGCCCAAAAGUUUUCUUCUCAUUGCAAGAGACUUUUCUUCUUCAGAGCUCCACGGUGCCCUUUCUUCUGAGAAAUUCAUUCAGUUUCUCUUAAGACAUAUUCCAGGUGAAAUUUUUGAACCCACACCUACUGCCAAAAGUUUUCUAGAGAAUGUGUCAGGAUGGCCUGUGCCGCAUGACCCAAUUUACUUACCCCUCUGUUGCAAAGUGUUUAGAUAGGCACUUAGCUGGAGAGCUGGAGAAGUGUGUCGCUGAGUGCAUACCUUAGCUUUCCUUGGAGAUGCCAGUGAAUGGAUGCACUACAGCCCUAGUCCUCACUAAUAUAUUGAUAUGUUGGAUUCAACACCAUGGUGUUUUCUUAAUGGAAAAAAAAAACUCUUAAAUUUCAUUUGAAAAUCAGUGACUUUGUGACUUUUGAAGAGUAACAGUGAGGUUAACCCACAGGGUGGUUGGCAUUCUGUAAUUAUGUAGCAAGGUAAGGUGUUCAAGUGUAUCGGGAAGACCUUGGAGUGGAAACACUGCCUCCCCCACAUCAAGAGGAGACAGUUGAGGUGAUUUGGGGACCUGGUAAAGAUGCUAACAAGGUAAACUUUGAUUCUGAAGGUACACCAACUCUGGCUGCCUGUAGGGAAACCACCAGGGUACGAUUAUGUCUCUCAGCUGGCCUAGAAACACCUUCAGAUCUGGACUGUUAUGAUUGUUUAAACUACACAGAAAUUAAGCUUAAUAAUAAAUGCUGCUCUGAAAUCAAAACAGCAUUGUAGUAAUAACAAUAAUGAAGUUUACCACGUGAAGGAUGUUAUUCCUUAAAAUGGUUGUUGAACAGUUAUUGAAUGUUAAAUGAAGCCCCACUAUGUUAAGUUAUGCAAUUACUGUAAUUAAACAGAUUGUAAAUGAUAGAUCCUUAUGUUAGCUGGAGGACUGGAGCUGUGGACCUAUCUGCUGACUUUGUUAAACAGUAUUUACAGAAGAGGGUAGGGUGUAAGUGCAUACCUGCAAUUUGCAUGAAAAAAAAGAGACAAUUAUCAUUUUUAAUGCAAGGAUUUUAUAGCAUGAGCCAGCCCAGGUGAACACUGCACAUUUUUGAUGUUUGGACACUGACUUUGUUAAACCCAAAUCCUAAAUAUCUCUCAGGCAACAUGGUUUACCAGAACAGAUACAGCAGGAGGCUGAUUUGCUCGUGACCUAGAUUAUCAUAUUUAUUUAAUAAAGUUAGUCAGUGUUUUGCAUAUAAAAUGGGAAAUAUGUUUGUUAUGUCUAUGUGAUUCAAUAAAUAUCCUAUGUGAC